AGCCCGCCCCUCGCACCGCCCCAGCGGCGGCGGGCGGCCGUUAGCCCCUGCCGCGGCCCGUGGCCCGCCAGGCCGUUACGGUGCCUGCCCGCCGCCUGCGACGCUCUAGAACUCAGUGCUCAGCCGCUCGCUUGCACCUGCUGAGGCUUCGCGUCCUGGCAGCCCGCCUCUUUCCUGUCUCCCGGUGGCCGUCGGCGGGAGGCAGCGGCGGCACCGAGCCCGGCCCCGUUCGGCGGCAGUGCGAGAGCGGGCGUCCCUCGCCAUGACUGAGCUGCAGCAGGAGAAGGCAGAAUGGGAAAACUUGAACAAGAUACUACUGCGUCGUGGGUUGAAACCAGUGAGUCUUGCUGCCCCCCAAAGCUGCCGGAGUGUGUCAGAUAUGAUUGUUUUAGACGGUCAGUCUUCUCUAGGAAUAAGACUUGCUUUAAAAACGCUGGUGGAAGAAACUGACCGACAGCAGAAAAUCAUACAUCAGCUCCUGGAGGCUAAUCGUUGUCUUAGAGAUGAUAUACGACAGGAGCGAGGUCGAGCAGCUAGACAAGAGCAACGAGCUAAUGAUUUGGAAAAUGUGGUAAAGAACAUCAAGUCCAAAAUUUGUCAGCUGGAGGACGAAACAAUAGCUAAAGCUUGCCAGCAACAGAACCAAGUCAAAGAACUUCAAAAAGAUCAACAGGUUUCACAGGCAAAGUAUCAACAGCAGCAGGAAAAGCUGCGAGAACAAGAAGAGAUGAUUGCUCAUUUGCAGAAGGAGCUGUGCAGAGUUGGGAUGGAGGAGCAACAGCGCAUUGCCACUCAAAACAAAAUGUUCUGUCGGCUAUGCAAAAGAGCUCCCAAGUCUCUUCUAGACCAGCAGUUCCUUUGUCUAAUCGAUUAUUAUGAAUCUCAAAUUAGUCAAAUGAAAAAAGAACUAAGGCAAUAUAAAAAAGAUCAAGACCAGGUACAGAGAGAAGUAAAAAACAAGGAGGAAUUGUUAAAUCUGGAUGCUACUCCUAAUUAUAGAGCACUGCUCACGUCUUUCCAGAAACAACUUAUUGAAACAAAAGCCAGGAAUGAGCAGCUUUUGCUUGAAAAUGUAAAUCUCAAGAAAGAUUUGGAAAUAAGACCAACUGCACAGGAAUUAAAACUUUACAAGCACCAAGUGAAGAAACUAGAGAAAACUUUAAAGACGACUAUUCAAUCUUCUGGGAGUAGCACCAGAGAAAGAACAGAAGAAAAGAAAGAACCUGAGAGUAUCACAGGAGUGGCUCAGCUGCAGGCAGUUUGCCAGCAAUACUUACAGGUUUUGUCCCAUAUCGAUUCUGUUCUGCGAAGUCCAAGAGCUCCUCCAUUGAUAUACAGGCGCAGCAAAGGGCCAGUGCAAAGCUGCCUUAAAGGAAAUGGACAGGAAUGUGGUUUUGAGCACCUUCCACUUGCUAUAGAAAUGUGGGCAGAUCAGUUGAUGGCCCUAAAGGAUUUGCAUAAGUCCUUGAAAAAACUCUCUCUGGAAUUGCUGCCCUGGCACGCCACAGAUCCACAGGAUAACAGGGAAUCCAUACGAGUUGAAGACCUUCAGUUCAUAGUGGAUGCAAUUUUGGAAGAAAUAGAAAAUAAGGAAAAGAACAGCCAGAAACCAUCCUUACCAACCCUAUCUGCAAUAGUCUCUCACUUCCAGAAGCUGUUUGAUGUGAACUCUCUGAAUGGUGUUUAUCCACGAAUGAAUGAGGUUUACACAAAGCUUGGGGAGAUGACCAAUGCUAUGAGAAAUCUCCAUGAGCUCCUAGAACUAGACAGUUCAGCUCCACCCACUGUGGUAGUGGAUACUGUUGGGAAACUGUGUGACAUAAUUAACAAGAAGGUGACCAAGCAGGUACAGCAGCUUCUGGGGACCCAAGACAUCUGCAGAAUAAUCAACAAGCUAGAAGAACAUGAGUGCUUCUUUCCACCAUUUCAAGCUCUCAUUCAAGAUUUACUCUGUCUUCUGGAGAUCCAUAACCUGGAUGAUAUUUUACCUACUGUGAAAAAUCUGAAAUUGGCAGCUAGUUAGGAGUUAGCAAGACUUGUUUUGCCUGUGAACAUACCUCUUGAUGCACAUGACAUGACAGCUGCCUCCAACCUUUUUUUGACAUAAAAGCUGCUGCAUUUUUUCGUUUUUCUUAAUUGCUGUUUCAUGGCCAGUUUAAGAAAAACUUACUAUAACCACUACAAGCUGGUCUGCUUACUUCCAGGGAGCAAACCAGCACUCUGUGUCCAUCUAGGAAGCUGAAGCCAACACAAAGGUGGACACACUGUAACAACAAAGCAUUCUGAAAGUUUCUGACACAGUAAGUACAAGCUAAAGGUGUUCUAAUUGCCUUAGCCACAACACUUUUCUCAUUUGCUAAUCUUGGUCUUCUGAAGAACCUAUUUUAGAAUGUUUACACUUUCAGAUCAGUUUGGGACACAAGUAAAUGGUUACUCUGUGAGUGCUCUGCCUAGGUCUGAGGCAGUCUAACAUACUCUAGGCCACUUUCAGGUGGUGGUAACUUAGGGGUUUCUGUCUAGCAGAAAUGUCAAGUUACGGUGUUCAUCUUUCAAAACUCAGGUUUAGAAAUGCAUAGAUCAAUUUUUGUUAUGCAAGACAGAAUUUUAUUGUACAGAAACAAGUACACCAAGCUUCCAAAAAUAUUUUGGUAUAUUUUGCUGUAAUGUUAAUAAAGCUCAGUUUACAAAACUC